AGCGCAGGCGCACUUCCGCCUAUCCCGCGGAGGCAGUGGCCGCGGUGGCGUCUUCUUCGCGGGGCAUGGUCCCCGGGUCCGAGGGCCCGGCCCGCGCCGGGGGCUUGGUGGCUGACGUGGUGUUUGUGAUUGAGGGCACGGCCAACCUGGGACCCUACUUCGAGGGGCUGCGCAAACACUACCUGCUGCCGGCCAUCGAGUAUUUUAACGGUGGGCCUCCUGCCGAGACGGACUUCGGGGGAGACUAUGGGGGCACCCAGUACAGCCUCGUGGUGUUCAACACGGUGGACUGCGCUCCCGAGUCCUACGUCCAGUGCCACGCUCCCACCAGCAGUGCCUAUGAGUUUGUCACCUGGCUCGAUGGCAUUAAGUUCAUGGGUGGCGGCGGCGAGAGCUGCAGCCUCAUCGCGGAAGGCCUCAGCACGGCCCUGCAGCUGUUCGACGACUUCAAGAAGAUGCGGGAGCAGAUAGGCCAGACCCACCGCGUGUGCCUCCUCAUCUGCAACUCGCCGCCGUACCUGCUGCCAGCGGUUGAGAGCACUACCUACUCCGGGUGCACAACGGAGAGCCUCGUGCAGAAGAUCGGGGAGCGGGGCAUCCACUUCUCCAUUGUGUCUCCUCGGAAGCUGCCUGCCCUGCGGCUUCUGUUUGAAAAGGCUGCGCCCCCUGCCAUGCUGGAGCCGCUGCAGCCGCCCGCCGACGUGAGCCAGGACCCCCGGCACAUGGUGCUGGUGCGGGGGCUUGUGCUGCCGGUCGGGGGUGGCUCCACCCCAGGCCCUCUCCAGCCAAAGCAGCCUGUCCCCCUGCCACCAGCUCCAGCCUCAGGCACUGCGCUCUCAGCAGCGCCCCAGCAGCCUCUGCCUCCCGUGCCCCAGCAGUACCAGGUCCCCGGGAACCUGAGCGCAGCUCAGGUGGCUGCCCAGAAUGCAGUGGAGGCUGCCAAGAACCAGAAGGCCGGGCUGGGCCCUCGCUUCUCGCCCAUCAACCCUCUCCAGCAAGCGCCUCCAGGUGUGGGUCCUCCCUUCAGCCAGGCCCAGGCCCCUUCGCUGCCCCAGGGGCCCCCAGGUGCCCCCAAGCCGUCCCCCGCUUCCCAGCCCAGCCUGGUCUCCACAGUGGCCCCCGGUCAGGGCCUGGCCCCUACUGCGCAGCCAGGGGCACCGUCCAUGGCAGGCACUGUGGCUCAGGGAGGGGUGAGCGGCCCGUCCGCUGCACAGCUGGGGGCCUCGGCGCUGGGUGGGCAGCAGUCAGUCUCCAACAAACUCUUGGCCUGGAGCGGUGUCCUUGAGUGGCAGGAGAAGCCCAAACCUGCCUCUGUGGACGCCAACACCAAGCUGACUCGGUCACUGCCUUGCCAGGUCUACGUGAAUCAUGGCGAGAACCUGAAAACGGAGCAGUGGCCCCAGAAGCUGAUCAUGCAGCUCAUCCCUCAGCAGCUGCUGACCACACUGGGCCCUUUGUUCCGGAACUCGAGGAUGGUCCAGUUCCAUUUUACCAACAAGGACCUGGAGUCCCUCAAAGGCCUCUACCGCAUCAUGGGCAACGGUUUUGCCGGCUGCGUGCACUUCCCCCACACGGCCCCCUGCGAGGUGCGCGUGCUCAUGCUGCUGUACUCGUCCAAGAAGAAGAUCUUCAUGGGCCUCAUCCCCUACGACCAGAGCGGCUUUGUCAACGGCAUCCGGCAGGUCAUCACCAACCACAAGCAGGUUCAGCAGCAGAAGCUGGAGCAGCAGCGUGGGAUGGGGCCACAGCAGGCACCCCCUGGGCUGGGCCCCAUUCUGGAGGACCCGGCAAGGCCCUCGCAGAAUCUGCUCCAGCUCCGCCCACCGCAGCCCCAGCCACAGGGUGCCGUGGGGGCCCCUGCCGCAGCAGGGCAGCCCCAGCCCCAGGGCACUGCCCAGGCCCCCCCGGGCGCUGCCCAAGGCCCUCCCGGAGCACCUCCUGGCCCAUCCCCUUCUGGAUCCAUCCUUCGGCCCCAGAAUCCCGGGGCCAACCCCCAACUGCGGAGCCUCCUCCUCAACCCACCGCCGCCCCAGACCGGGGUGCCCCCACCACAGACCUCCCUCCACCACCUCCAGCCACCAGGGGCCCCCCCACUGCUGCCGCCACCGCAUCAGGGCCUGGGGCAGCCCCAGCUGGGUCCCCCACUCCUGCACCCGCCACCCACCCAGUCCUGGCCUGCUCAGCUUCCCCCGCGGGCGCCUCUGCCAGUGGCACAGCCAAAGAGAGAACGAGAGGGCCCCGUGUUUCGGAAAAAAUGGGAGCGAGACUAUUUCUUUGUGGAAGUGAAGAGCAUGCCUACGUGUUUAAUAUGCAGAAAAAUCAUGUCUGUGUUGAAAGAGUACAACCUGAAGCGCCACUAUGAAUCAAAGCACAGUAAGAGCUUCGACCAAUACACGGAGCAGAUGCGGGAUGCGCUCCUAGAUGAGCUGAAGAAGAACCUGAAGGCUCAGUAGGGCCCGGUGGCCAGCGGGGAAGCCACAUAGCUGCCACACACAGUCUCGAGAUGGCGCGGAGAGACUUCCCCAGCGCUAAGACCUCCCGAGGAUGGGGAGUUGACAGAGCAGCAGAACGGCGGCCCUGGAUGCAGACACACACCUGUUCAGGCUGUGACCUCAGGCCUGCUGUGCGCUGCACUGCGUGUGGAGGAGAGAGCAGGAGACUGGCAAGGCCGGCUGCUCGGAAGCGGCACGUUGGUCGUGGCCUUUUCUGUCCCUGAGCACGAACCAUUCCCACAGCUAGCUUUAUUUAUUUGUGAGGUUGAGGAUUCCCAUGUGACCGAAGCAGCCUGUGAUGCCGUGCCCAGGCAGGCCCGGCACCGGUGUGUGUGUGCUCUGGCAAGAACGUUGUGCAUAGGUCAGAAUGCCGGAGCCCAGCUGCCGACGGUCUCUGUGACCCUGUGAUCUGUCUCAGGGGAACUUGUUGGUGUGCCGCAAGCCUAGGUGGCAGCAUUUGGAGAGGACACAAGUUUGGUGAUUGUGUCCAUUGCCUGGAAUUGCACUGUUCUGAGAAAGUUCAUGGAACACGCUGUGAAUAUCCUGGAUGGGCUUCUGUACUUGAAUCAAGGGCAGGUCAAUGGUGAACUUGACCCACAGAAGCUCUGUGACCUGGUUGUCACGUGAUGGUGUGGAAGAAGUUGGACCUGCUGAAACCCAUCUGCUGGGUUCAUUUCACAUGAGGCAAAAGCCACUCCUUGGUUCCCCUGAGAUGGUCGGUCAAAGACUUCAGGUCAGGGUUAUGACCCUUCCGAACACUGUUGUUUUUCCGCAAGGACACUCACAAACAGCUACUUGAAUGUACGAGUUUGCCCAGACCUGGCGAAAACGGGAAGCCAUUGGCAAGGAAUAUCCAGACUCCAUUUCCUUUGCCGCAGCUGGUUUCCCCAAACAGAACUCACGGCUCAGACCGUGUUUACCCAAGUUCCCCCGAGGGCUUUCGGCGUCCAGACUCCAUGACGACGCACCAGUACUGUCCAGUUUGCCUUUGUCGGCAGGUGGCGGCAGUGGGAGCACAGACCGCACCGAGUAGUUACUGACUGCGGCGCAGUGGGCGCUCUCUCCCCGCGGGGCCCUGCUGGGGGUCUCACCCCUGCGCUCUGCGGUGGUCGCCCGGAACCUCCGAGUCUGGAGCUCUCUGUUGGGAAACCGAGUCACAGUCCACAGCGCUCCCGGGAUUCCAGGCUGAGUUCUCAAGUGCCCAUCCUGCUGCAGCCCCCACCCCCGGGCCCGACGCUGACGUCUCGGGGGCCGCGGGAUGCCCUCAGUCCCACCUCAGAGGAGCGCAAGAAAUUACGAAAAGAGAAAAUUUUAAUAAGGAAAUCUCUCUAUUUUUCAAUUUGUAUUUUUUCAACUUGGAAUUUGAGAUAUGAACUCCAGUACCAACCAUGCUUGUUGUGUUCCGUGCGUUCACCGUAGUUCAGUAAAGAUGCAGUUUGACGAU